AUGGAUUAUCAAUAGCCCAAUGGAGACACAACAAGAGCGAACGAGAUCGGCAAACACGAACAUUUAAAACAGGUGGUAAACUCUGCAAUCGUUCAAUCUGUCCUCAUCAUCUCCUACAAUAACAGGCUGCCAUCGGAGAAGCUCUCAGAGAUACAGUGCGCAGGCUCUCCAGCAUCAAACCUCAGAGCAACGCACAGUGGACACUUUGGGCGGCAUGCUCCAGAUUUGAUUGUCGACAUAUAAACCCAGAAGACGGUUCUGGAAAUCAAGCACAAACUCUCAAAGACGCAGAGACAAGAUAUUCCCAGCUGGAAAUAUAGUCAGUGGACAAAGUGCUGCUUUGUUGUUUCUGAUUCCUCCUCCACUGAACUCUCCUCAGAAGGUUAGAGGAGCAUGUAACUGAAACAAGUGGAGCCCUCGGUGAUUUCAGCAUUCUGUCUCCCCCAUCUGUGCCCACAUUCUCUGCUACAGAUAGGGACGUUUUGAUAAUUACAUAUAAUUAUAAUUUCUGUGGGAGAGAGAUCUGCCUCUGUCUAUUAUUGCAAACACUUCCAACACAAUAACUUCACGCAUUUACAUAUUUCUUAACAAAAGUGAUAUUCUUUGAACCCCUCAGACACAUGUCACAUGUCGAAGCGAUGUGCAAUUUAUCUCAGAUCUAAUUAGUGAUAUAGCCGAGUGACAUGGGCAACAUUUUGCAUCAAACAGUUGACUAAAUUCAUGACAUUUGCCCGAUUUUGCAGUAUAUUUUGUAGAUUGGGAGUGAUUUUUUUUGGUUCACGCUCAGUCCUAGUUUUCUGUUGUUGCAGUCUUCUUGCACAUAAGCAGAGCCCAUCCUCAUUAUCACCCACAGUCCAGUCACAGUAAUGGCCUGUGCCAGGGAAGUACCGAAGCAAAGCGUUCCACUUGUAGAAAAGAUUUAGAUCCUGCAUCGAUGGUUGUGAUGAGUGCCUGGAGCAAGUUAACAUGAAAAAGAAAUUAGACAGCAUUAAUGGACAGUACCAAUCAGUGGUGCAGUCACAAAUAAUAGUUUAAAAGGCUGAGAAGCACCAAAUUCAUAUCAACAAAUACAGUUCAUGCAUGUUUUAUCCCCCACCCCCCUCCCAGAGACUAAUCGCUUGCAGGAUAAAUAAGUGCCCACACAGUGCCAUAAUAUAAUAGUUAACCAGGAGUGACAAAGCUAAACAAAACGCUGGCCAUACACUAACGUUCAAGUGCCCCGAUCAGCACAGGAAUGUACAGGAUGCCAUAUUGAAUAAAACUUGCAGCUAAUUUUUACUGAACCUUUUGCUUAUAAGUAAUUAUUUCAUCCACUCGUACAUCCAAUAUUUGAUCUUCAGUGGGAUGUAUGGAACGGAGCAGUGGCGAGUAAAUGUAUGAACUUCUCUGUUUAUAUUUUGACUUAUUUAUUCAGAGGGAAGGAGAUGAAAUCAGUACAUUUUAAUUGUUCCUCUCUAUAAAAAAAAAUAUACUCCCAUCACCAAUUAUUGACACACACAAAACUUUUUAUAGUUUGAUUUGUUAUUUACAAAAAUUCUUCCAGAUCUAUUUCUAACAAUAUAAAGCCAUUAUGAAUACUGAGAUAAAAAGAAACAUAAAUCCAAUUUGAUUAUCAGGCAUUUUUGAAUAAAAGCACGGAUACAUUAUCAAUACCCAAUAGGCUGAACAUGCUAUAUGCAUAGUUCACAUGACAUUUUAGUGGGUUAAAUUGCAAAAGCGGAUACAACGUUGUAACUGCAUUGACUCAACAACAGAAAAUAGAUGUCUUAGUCAUGUAAAAAUGACGCCCACUACCAAUCUCCGAGUCCUCUCUGUCUCCCUUCUUUCCCUUUUCAUCGCCCUAUUAACCACCACUGUGGAGACCUCUCCGUCCCCACCUCCUCAGCUCACAGACCACUCAGGGAGACCAUUUACCGAGCAGCCCAAGUCUGAGUCCAGCCCCUCGCUUCUGCUCCUAGCCAUCCAGGUUGAUUUCAGGCCAGCUGCUCUCCAAGGCAGGCCCAAACCCCCCGAAAAGCUGACACAAACCUCAGAGUCAGUUCUGGAGACACCUCCCAGACCCAUGCCCCAGGUAAUGUUCCCCAAGAAUGUGACAUCAUCAGAGGCCCUCGCACCGCCUUUAGGUGCUGCCAAGGUAGCACCCGUUCCACCGCGCAUGAUGGAUUCAUGGACUGAGGUCUGCAGGGGCUACUAUGAUGUAAUGGGACACUUUGACAGUGCUUUCAACUGCUCCAAGGACUCCUACGUUUACUGCUGUGGAACUUGCCACUACCGUUUCUGUUGUCCAGAACGUGGCCGGAAACUGGACCAGGAGGCCUGUAAAAACUAUGACUCUCCAGACUGGGCCAAGCCACAGACGGAUGCCAUGAUCUUACCUGAGGAUUUAGGUCCUGACCCAGACUUUGAUCCACUGAAACAGCAGAGCCACAACACUGGCUUUGUCAUCGGGGGUGUGAUCGUGUUCAUGGUGGCUGUUGCCGUGGGCAUCAAGGUGGUCUUCAACAAGGUCCAACAGGAAGCUAAUCAGAGAGACCUUAAUAUGCCCAGAGCCCUGGUUGACAUGUUGCGGCACCAGUCCAGCCCCGUCCAGCAGGACGAGAGAAACAACAGCGUGGCUCUGACCGUUGGGGACGGACACGGGACGAUAGGAAGAGCUCCAAAAAAUCUCUACGCCCCAGGACUGCCUAGCAAAGACAACAGAUUGGGCAAUCUGCAACACAAUUUCAUCCACUCAUCCGGCUCCAGCCCCAAACACACCGCAACCAUCGAGCGCACCCCUCGGAUGAACAAUGCUCAGCUGGCAGCUGGAGGCACUCUGCUCUCCAGUAAGCACAACAACACCAAAUCCCAGCCUGCCUUCCACCACUCUCUGCAUAACCUGGCCCAGCUGCCACCCUCCUAUGAGAGCGCCACCAAGCCUGAGCUCAACAGAUACUCCUCGCUCAAACGCCUCGAAAAAGGUCUUGACGAGUACUCGUCUGGUUAUUGCACCACCAAGCGUCGGCCUCACACGGCCCAGCCGGCCCUCCAGUCCUCUCAGCACCACCUUCACUGGGGUGGAGACUACACCCUCAGUGGGAGAGGAACCCUCCCCAGGCACGCAGUCCGUCCUUGGAUCCCACCGCCACCGUCUGGCAUGCCGGCCUCACCCACUCCUAAUCCAUACCCUCUGGAACCCCCGGAAUCCCAGUACAAUCCCAACUACGACACGCUCUCCAAACCUCGAAAAGUGAAAUCCAAUGACCAACUGCUCAACAUGGGUGACGUCCCAGGCAACACUGGGACGCUGUCCAGGUUGUCCAAGAACCAGCAACACCAGUACUACAAAGCCAUGGCUGCCUCCAACAAGAAUUCCAACACGCAAACCCUCUCCAGGAAGACCCAGGAUAGGCAGGAGAGACAAGAGAGGCAAGAGAGGCAAGAGAGGCAAGACAGGCAAGAGAGGCUGCUCAUGUCUCCGGACCAUUUGGAGGAAAGAAUGGGAGUCGGUGGGAUGGGUGUUGUUGAUCCAUAUGCCCACACAGCAGGAGCAGGAGGGGUUGUCCCCACGCUGCCUCGCCAGCAGAAGGCCCAGUCCCAGCAGAACGUCUGUGCCACACCGUCCCUUGACCGGCAUCACAUGAUCAAGAUGAACUCUCACCCCACGUCUGGACGAGAGCAGGAGAGGAACACGGGCGUGACGGGGCACAUGAGUGGGGGCAUGGGUUGGGCCGGGGAGAUGCCUGGGGCUGGGGUCGUCAUGGGAACGGGAACACUAGGGGGCCACAGUGCCAGGAGGAUGGCUUUUGCAGCAAAAAGGCAGAACACCAUUGAGCAGUUACAUUUCAUACCAGGAGGAGGCAGUGGGGGGUCAGCGGGAAGUGGUGGAGGAGGCAGUCAGGGGAUCAGGACAGGGAGUAAAAAUGAGGUGACGGUGUGAGGUUUAUGCCUAGUUGUAGAGUCUAACACUUAUCAGACGGAUGGGAAUAGAUUGCAUUUAAAUAUUAGAUAAUACUACAAGAAAUACAUCUAGGAGUAUAAAGUAUAGUAACAGUAUGUGUUCAGGUUAUUCAGAUUAGUUUCCUCUUGUAAUUAAAUUAGCUUGAAUAUGACUAUUUAUAAUAUUAAAAAUCUAGGUUGGGAACAGCUGUUCCAUGUUUGUGAUAGCCUACGUUAGCCAUAUUUUGUAUCAGAAUUUGCCAUAUUGCCAUAUGCAGCAGUGCCAUUACUUCUAGAAAGACUGACUGAAUGGGUGAUACAAAACCAACAGAUGAUUUGUUCAUGAUUUAGUUUUUAUACAUGUUUUUCAAAAAGUACUCAGGAGCCAUAUUAGAUAGGGAACCAUACAAUAUAUUAAAAAAAAGGUUUAAAGAAGCAGAGGAGCAUGUGGAAUAUUUCAUUACAGAAUUUCAGAGAACUGAGCCAACUACCUGAACUCUUGACGUGCUCAGCCCUGGCUGACGAUGAUUGGUUAAAGUGGAUGUCGUCAGAGAAAAGGCCAGCGGACCAGGUCAUUCACAAAGACAAAGUGGGGGAUUUGAGAGCUGUCAUUCUCCUGAACAAACGUCAUCCUGACACAGGGAGACUGAACUGAGUUUGUUUCUUCCUAAUGAAGACUCCUGUGUAACUGAGUGGACAAGGUGGGGGCCGUUUUCAACUGAGACACCACAGCCUGAUGGUAUUGGCACCUGAAUUAAACUGUGGACAUUCCCACAUUAACAGUCUGCUGCCUAGGUUGCCUCGCUUUCCAUGUGACCUUAGAUAAAAGCACCAGAGGAUCUCGCGCUCUGAUCACUGUUAAGCUAGAGGGGUGUAAGCUUAUAUUAGACCGUGUUAUGGAAGAUAUUUCUGUUAUGUUCCCAUUUACAGAUCAGGACGUACCAGUGAAAAUGGUGGGCUACCAAAUAUUACAGAGCCAUCAGCCGUGACGUCACGCAAAGAUGUUGACACAAAGUUACAGAAUCAAGAGAUUAAAAACAAUAUCUGUUCAGUUUACCUAAUGAAGAAGCAACUUGCUGUAAUAUAAUUUGUAUGUGAAGAGCAAAGUGUUUUUUCGUUAUUCUUUUUUCUCAAACAGAGCACAAAUAAUAGAGCAUGACGCAGAGGUUGCACUUCCACAACUGUCCUUCAAAGCCAUCUACGGAAAUACAAAGAAAAUUUGAGAGAGGAAGGUGGUCUGACAAUCACCGUUUGAUUAUUAUCACCAGGUGACAAAUUACACGUGUCAGUGAUGUUUUGUACAGUUAAAGGGUUGGCUUUAGAACAAGCCAAAAAUGUCAAGAGUCAAGAGUGAGGGCGACCCGAGGCCUUAUCCUGACCUGAGGCUUCACGUGCCGCAAGAGACUCAGAUGGUUAGGAAGCCCUUCCCAUUUCCAAGACAAAGACCUUGCUGUAUAAUAACGCACUUCAGCCAGUACAACUGAAAAAAGGAGAAAAAAAAGAAAAGGAAAAAAUCUUUAAAAAAAAAUCUUUAUCAAUAACAAUGCUUAUCUAUACUAAGGGCUAACCUAUCCUAUAUACUUUAGUAUGUGAUAUAUGUGGUCCAUAUAAAAUACUAUUUCUAUUGAUUUUGUGUUGAUAUUGUCAUGACGUAUUAAGUAUUAAUGUGUAAAAAAGAAAAAAAAAAGGGAUUAAAAAAAGAACCAGAGCAAUUUAAGCACAGUUCAGAGACCCACAGAGACAAAACUUUGCACAAAUCAGUCCCCUGAUAUUUGCACCUGAUGCGAACCUGCUUUGUGUCGUGUCCUUGAGGUUUACAUUCUGCACGAGCACGGCUGAAUGCGACUGAUCGAUGGAGGGUAUUGCAUUGAGAGAGGUGUUUUCUUUUAUUUAUUUUUCCUUUAUCAACCAAAAUCUGAUUUAAUUUUGUUUUAUUUUUUUAAUUCUUACACAGCUAAAAGAAGGAAAUUUGUUUUUCUGUUCAGCCAUGUGAAAGGAUACAGAGAUAGGUACAGAACCAUGGAUUACAUUUGGACAAUCUUCCUAUACACAGUGAUAAAUGUAGUUGUUAUAAAUAUGAUGGAGUGUUAUUAUUAGUAAUUAUUAUAACUGUUAUGGUUAUUAUUAACAAUUAUCUUAUGAUGUGAUGUUCUUUUACUUGGUGGGAUUUAAGUGUUUAUUGUUUUUAGAUAACUAGCAUCCUCAUGACUAGUUGGUUUUUCAUACAUCUGGUCUCAAAGUUUUUAAAACAUUCCAAAUCUUGAUGCAUGCCAGCUCCAUUUCAUUAAGAGGCAUUGACAGCAUGCCUGGAUUUUAAGGUCAUCGAUACUUACAUGGCCAGUUUUUCAGCUGUAUGUGCUGUGCCUAGACACCGGCCUUAUGACUUCUUGAUCUCAAGUGAGUACUUAGGUUUCCACUCUUUGACAAAAGUAUGGAUUGAAGAAAAUCUGUAGCCUUCUGUGCGUCAACAGCUGGUGAGGGAUAGGUGAGGUUGGGAGGGGCCGUGGUCUGCUGUCUCUGCUGCAGCAGCCUGACGCUCUAAUUUAUCGUGCGUUAUACUCGUUAUAACCAUGAUGCCAUAAUGUAUGUAUGUUUGGAUGGAUUUUUAUUUCAUAACUGGGAGAAAAACAAAAGCCCUAAUGGAAAACUGAAAGCUUUGAGUGCAGUUUCUUUUUCAGGGAAAUAGGACAGACGACAUACAGUUGUAUUAGAUUUUCUUUUAUUUUUGAAUAGAGCCACAAAAGUUUUGUAGCAAAGUCUGUAAUAUCUCACAAGCCAUAACCAUCAAAGCUCAUCACCACAAUUUUAUAAAUAGUUAAUCUAAUUUGUGCAAGUAUUGUAUUUUGUAUAGCUAGUACAAUCAGAAAUUUUGAGUGAUCUCUUCGACAUUAAUUUGAGGAUUCAAAAAAAAAUAUGUGUUAGUAUUUAAUGAAUUGUAGAGUGCCAAAUUCAUAACAUUUUGUUGUCUUUUUAUCGUCAUGGGCUCCUAGAUAGCUACAGGGGUUACUUCUUUUUUCACAACGGAGAACUAAUACGCAGGCAGGAACACCGAGAAGCUUGUUUUCAGUGAGAAAUGAAUGAAUAUGGUGUGUGUUUUUACCAUUAUGAAUUCAUUUUAGAGGGAGGAUGCUUAAUGGCCACUUGAAAUAAACUGGGACUGUGUCCAGUAAUGAAAAUUCAUGAAUUUAUUUUCAUGCCUAUAAAUUUCAACACGUUUUUGCUAUUGUUCAAUGCAUUGAUCCCCUUGGAUAAGACAGUGACUUACAAAGAAUUUGCAUAAUAAAGU